AUGGCUCCAGUCGCAGACAACUCGUUCUGCGCUACUCUCUUUCGAGACAGGCUUAAGAGCACAGAUCGAGAGAAAAUAGCGAAAGUCUUAAACGGCCUCGGCACCGCCCUGACGAACAUCUCCUUGGAGAAGACAACACCCGUCAAGAAGUCAUCGAUCUUCGCGAGAAAGUCGGCAGCAGCGCAUGAAAAAGACUAUCGAGCUGAAGCCAAAGCCGAUGCGAAGAGGCUGCAUGCCAUCAUCCAUGGCUGCCUCACUAGGCCCGUUGCCAGACUACUAGCCGAGCGCAGAUUUGACCAGCUGCCCAAGUUGAUAUAUCAGUUAGUAGCAUUGAACGAUGAGGCCAACUUGGCUGAUGAAAACUUCCAAGCAGUACUGGUGAAGCUAGAGAUACUGGUAUCCACCACGCGUCCCACAAUGGACUUUGAAGCCGUCUUCAGCGGCCCCUCUUCCUUCGAGGAGGUUGGCAUUCUGACCAGACGAGGAAAGCUGCCAUCCGGAUUGGAACCGGACCCCGAACAUCACUCCCGUGAUUCUCAAGAGCUUCAAGAGGGAGGCGGCGUCUUUGAGAAGAUCGAUAUGGUCUCCGUGAGCAUCGAACCUGCCGAGGAAAAGAUGGCGCGCUUUACAAACUGGUACGGUGCACAGUGGGAAGAGCGAGAUGCCAGUAAGCUCCACAUGGCGGAUUCUCAACCCCCGGAUUCGUCGUUCGAGAGCAGCGACGACAGUGAAGCCGAAUAUGUUCCAGACGAAGGCGAAGACAACUCAGACCUGGAAGUCGAAAAGGCCCCUGGUGAUUCCACUUCGAACGCUCUGAUCAGGAAUGAGGCUGAUGACGGAGACACAAGUACACCCCAGGUCGACACUCUCGGCGAAAGAGGAAGAGGAGAAAAGCGAAAAGAGGCCAAGGAGGAAGCUGGAUCGGCGAAGAAGAAGCCAAAGAAUGUGGAUUCUGGCAAUAGGCCGGUCACAAGAGCAAUAAAGAAACAACAACUGCAGGCGCAGUCGGAGCAGGGGCCUCGGAAGAGACAGAUCUCGCCCUAG